UCUUUGGCUUCAAAACUGGAUGAAAUUAAGAGCAAUUCAGCAAACUCAGAUUGUGGUCAUUCGUACAACAUUCAAAGGUUACAAUCUAUUCCACAUGAUACCAAUUCUGAAGAUGUUUUUCGGUGUGAAAGAGCUAUAGGUGCCUUGGAGAAAAGGAAAAAUUGUUAUCUUCCCUCCCUUGAUUUAGUUCCAGGGGGAAAGAGCACAGUAAGGUAUGUUGAAGUAAAGCUUCAAGCCUUAGAAGAAAUAAAGGGAACACUUUUUCACAUGCUGGACAAUGUCAAUACUGUACUUCUUGCCUUACGUAGAAGAUAUGACCAAAAUACUUACACAAAGGCUGAAGAAGUGAGAAGGAAGAGAAGAAUGAAAGAACAAAAAAGAAAGAACAAGACCAAGAAGCGGAAAGUAUUGUCAAGGCAGGCUAAAGAGGUGUGUAAACUUUUGACUGGGAAUGAAGAAAUAGAUAUCACUCAAAAAGCCAGU